AUGGCGACUGACCCUACAAAAUACAAGCUCAAUCAUUCCAUGCUCCGUGUCAAGGACCCUAAGCGGUCGGUCGAGUUCUAUGAGUUCCUAGGAAUGAAGCUCAUCAACAAGCUCCCAAAUCCCGACGCAAAGUUCGAUCUAUACUUCCUCGCGUUCGAUAGUCCCAGGGCAGUCUCCCAUGGCAAUCAUUGGACGGACCGGGAGGGUAUCGUAGAGCUCACACAUAACUACGGGACGGAGAACGACCCAGGCUACAAGAUCGCAAAUGGCAAUACUGACCCCCGAGGAUUCGGUCACCUUGCUAUUUCAGUAGACAACAUUCAGGCUGCGUGUCAGCGAAUAGAGGAUGCAGGUUACAAGUUUCAGAAGAAGCUGACGGAUGGGAAGAUGCGCCACAUCGCCUUCGCGCUGGAUCCAGAUGGCUACUGGGUCGAGGUCAUUGGACAGAAGCCGCUAGAGGAGACUGAAAGCGUUAAGGAGACAGACAUUUCAACAUAUCGCAUGAACCACACUAUGAUUCGCAUAAAGGAUCCCGAAGUCUCCCUCAACUUUUACAAGGAUGUUAUGGGCAUGGGGCUGAAGCGUACGUCGGAGAGCAAGAAUGGAGGCUUUAACUUAUACUUCCUUGGCUACGGCCCGUCAGCUCCAGAGGCCACUGCAAACGGCGUGAACCCUGUCGCUGACCGAGAAGGAUUGCUAGAGCUGACCUGGAACUAUGGGACGGAGAAGGACCCGAACUUCAAGUACCACGACGGCAACGCUCAGCCGCAAGGGUUUGGCCACAUCUGCAUCGCUGUCGACGACUUGGACGCUGCUUGUGCGCGGUUCGAGGAGAAGAAGGUCAACUGGAAAAAAAGGCUCACAGAGGGCAGGAUGAAGAACAUUGCCUUUGUGUUGGAUCCUGACGGCUACUGGAUUGAAGUUGUUCAAAACGAGAAGCUCAAGCCGCGAAGCAAUUGGUGA